UAUAACGUUUCACUGUAGACUCUACACUGCAACAUCUCAUUACAUCUGUUCUCCCUUCCUGGUGUAGCUUCUUGGUAUCUGCAAUCUCUCCAGAGUAGCUCAUUCAGGUAAAUCUCCUACUGUGUUAUCUUGGUUGCUGGAAAAAAGAAAGGAAAACUGCGCAGUAGGGAUUCCCAAAACCGAUUAUUCAUGAAUUAUGUUAUUACAAUUGCUUAGUGAUUGUCUCACACGAGAGAAACUCAUCCACUUUAUAAAAAAAAUGAUCGCUUAGGUAAGUUUUCAAAGCGUUUUUGAACUUAUAUAGUACUGGUAUUUCUUUAAUAGAUCGUGGCAGAUGAUUUAGUAGUCGAAGUCCUAACCAAUGGUCAGUGAAUAUUACAUAAAGGCAUUUCCUUUGCCAAUCUGUGUCAUCCAUGUCACUUGGAGCCAUUCAGAAUGAUACAAUAUCGAUCUUGUGGUCAUCUUGCAUUCCCUAUUUCACCUAGUUCACAAUUUCAUAUUGUAGAAUGCACUCUGCAGCCGACGACCAGAAGGGAAAUACGUUGAAAGGAAGGGUAUAGAAAGCCGGUCAGCAGAACCAGAAGAUGUAAUGGAGUUGUUUCUCAACUUAGAGGAGAUAUUGGAUGUUGGGCUUUUGCCUGCUGCAAGUGCAGUGGAAGCAGAAGAAGUACCAGCAUCAUCCAGUAUUUCUUCUAAAGGAAGUAUACCAGAAGAAACGGGUGAUGAUUCAAAAUGACAUCAUCCAAAACUGCAGUUAACACCUGAAGAAAAACGACUGUCAGAGCAUGAACUUAUAAAGAUUAGAAGGAAAAUUCGUAACAGGCUAUCUGCGAAGGAGUCACGCAAGAGAAAGGAGUACAUAGAUAGCUUGGAAGAGAGGGUAAAGCAUUGCACUGAGGAGAAUCUGCACCUAGUAAAAUGUGUGGAAGCUCUGCAGACAGAAAACCAAACACUAGCAGCAAAGGUGAAGGAACUCGAGGCUGUGUUGUCCCAUUGAGCAGCAAACACAGCCUCAAGUUCUUUCACCUUUGCAUAGCUUCACUGUGAUGGUCAGAAGGAUCAAGACUUCUCACAGCCAGAAAACAAAAUGGCACCUCUUGCAGGCCAUUCAAGAAACUUGCUAGAAUUCCCUGAGUCUAGGGUCUCAGAAGAUGGGACUUUCAGCAGUUCCGAUCAAGAUGAUGCAGCCAUGUUCAUAUCUGAUAUGGCUGAACUUCUGCAGUUCAACAGUCCCCUGGUGGGUGACUGUGAUUAUGAGCCACCAACCAAGCGUUCUCGUACAGAAGAGAAACCAAAGGAUAUCACGUCAUCACUGCUGUAUGCAGGUAUAAACUACAUUGUACCACCAGCAGAUGAAAUCUGGCCACCUCCACCUGAAGAUGGUCAUAUCAGCAACAUGCUUGAGAAGCAACUGGGAGAGAUAUCAUUUUCAUUAAUUACAUCUUCCCAUGACUCAUAACUUAAUUUCUUAUUAAAAUUAGCAAUUGAAACCUCAUUUAUUUCCCAUAUAUAGUAGUAACUUUUUUUAUGUUUUUGUUUAAAUAUAUUAUGUAUUAUUAGGUUCUGGGCCUCAUGAUCAGAAAGACCAUUUAUGAUGCGAUAUACAGUAAAAUUUGUAAACUUAUGUGUAUUAAUAAAAAUAUUAUCAAUUGUAGAAUAAGAUUUUUUUUGGAAUCUAGUAGGGAAUUGGAUUAUACUAUAGAGUCCAUGAGAGGCUA